UUAGCCCCGCUAUUAUUCCAGCCCUAGUAGAACAAAAAAAAAACACACACACACACACAGAGACAUUUUACACAUUAAACCAGUCGAAUAAUUCACCUCAAGUAUAUUUCAUAGUGAUGAUAUUGAUUAUCCUUCCAUACCAUAAAUACCAAUAAUUCCAAAUCAAUAACGUAAACAUGUCAAUGAGUUGUUGUGUUGACUCUGAGUACGUCUUACAGCACCCAAGUAAACAGCAGCAGGACUCUUUUGGUGGAGAGCAACUAUAAGUAUUAAUGAAAUGUUCAUUUUAUCAUUAAUUAAUCCAUAAUUAUUAUAACAAGUAGUAAUGUGUAACUUACACAUGCUCUCCAUUGCAUUAUUCAACCGAGACCUUGAAAUUGUGACAAAGAGAGAAGAAUAUUAUAUUAGCCUUUGAUAUCAUUGUUUAUAUUUUUUUCAAUUUUUUUAUAAUCAUGCUAUUAUAUGCCAUACAAAGAGAAAAGGAAAUGCAAAUGAGCAACUUACGCAUGUAGAAAGAAAUGUAGACUGUAUUGGACUGUAUAUAGGGGAAUAGUGAAGCAGGAACAAGGCGUAUUGAUCGACUUUCAUGUCAGAGAUGCGAAUCGAAACCAACUUGCGCCGAUUGCACGUCAGUAUAUUAUCAAUUUUGUUUUCUUUUUUAAAUCAAUAAAUCACUGAGAAUGAAGAACGAUAGCAUAAUAGUACCGAAACAUGUUCAGUUUGCUCAAUAUUAAUUGUUUCAUUUUUUUAAUAUUUUUUUUUUGUAUAUAUUUUUGGUAUUGACUAUUAUAUAAUAACACGUGCCGUUAAUUAUUACUCUGUACUUCACCACCACAUUUGAUAAACGUAUAGAGGAUGCCGAGAGAUCCGAAUCGUCUGCACCAUUCACCAAACCAAGGGGGUGAAAACGCGAUAAGGGCUGUCAGCAGAUACAACGCACGCGGAUAGCAUAGUGGGGGUUGGUUCUAAUAUUCUGUGGAUUCUGCGCAUUAUAAUUUACAUGUGUGCAUAUCACAAAUUUUCCAAUAAUCGUUUCACCUAUAAUAUUAUAUUAUAAUAUAAUGGAGAUUUAGUAUAAAAAAUUAGGGAUUCUAUAAGCUGGUGGUGGAAUAUUGAAUUGGAAAUGGAGAUGAGUGCCUCUGGAGAUAAUCUUCUUUAUCUGGUAUCUAGAGUGACAUAUAUUAUCUGAAAUACAUCAUAUGACUUUUGCUUCUGCACGUGACUUUAUUUACAGUUGGGAUAUUUUAUGAAAUUGCGAAUGCGUAUAUACAGAGUGAGAUUUUGAGUGUACAUCUAUGACAUAAACUUGCGAUUAUUGGAAAUCAAUUGAAGAAAAAAUUGAACAAAUACCAAGAGAUAUGGAUUUAUACAUGGAGAAGAAAUAAUAAAAUUAAAAAAAAGAAUUUAUGUACAGAGGUGAAUCGUCGUGCAUGUAUGUACAUAUAUAUUUGUGUUUGCAUUUUCGUUAAAUAUUGUUAUAUACAAAUAGUGAAAAUAGGAGAAAUGUGGGGCUAGUGAAAGGGCAGCUUUUCAAUCUAAUAUAAUGCCUUUGAUCAAUAGACUUUUUGCUCCAAGAAAAAAUAUUAAAACCAAUGCAGAUUGUAAAUUACCAGUUGAUAUUGGUACAGGAUUCCGUAUUAGAAACACAUUGAAUUUUGGAGCAGAUCAAAUAAGAGUCCUCUUAUUUCGUGAAUGUGAACGCCGUGGUAGAAAGUUACUUUUUGACUCUGUUACUGCUGGAAGAAGUAAUGGAUCCAGUUCAUCAACAUGUAGUGGAACAAACACCUCGUGUCCUAGGAAUGGGAAUGGACUUCCACAUGAGUGCGAGAAAGAAGUUUGCGAUAACGUGAAUUUAUUAAGUGAAAUGGUUUUUGGAACCGUAGCCAUGACAUACAGAGGGACUCUUUUCAAAAUCCACACAUUAGAAUUUCCACGAUGUAUAAUGUGUACAAAAGUAUUUCCAGCACCAGACCACAUAAUUCGCAUGAACAAUGAGAAAUUUACCGAUGAGACUCUGCGAAUAUCGUUAUUGAAUAAUAAUAAUAAUAAUAAUAAUAAUAAUAAUAAUAACAACAACAACAACAGCAGCAGCAGCAACAACAAUGAUUCAAAUUCAAGUAAUGGUAGUAUGAGAAAGAACCUUUCUUAUCAAAGCUCAGGAAAUAUAUCGGGAAAUAGCCUGAGGAAGAGUUCGACAUGCUCAAGUACUUGUAGUGGUUGGGAUUUUGAUGUGCCAAUAUUUCCAAUAUCGACUACAAUAAAAAGUCAUUUGGAAGAAUCACUAGAGUCAAAUAACAAUAGUCCAUCAUCAUCAUCAUCAUCAUCAUCAUCAGGCUUUGGUAGCUAUCCAAGUCUCCGUAGAAGAUGGUUACGAGCGGUAUCAACUUCUUUAAAUCAUCACUCUACAAAAAUAAAUGAUGAAAUGGAGGAAAUACUUGGAUUACAAGUUUAUGGUGAUAAUAGUACUUGCUUUACUAGUACUACUGGGAGACCACUAGUGUCUCUUUCUACGUGUGAUGAUAUUUGUGAUUCUAGCAGGCGUCGGCAUAAAACAAAAUUAGGCCUAACGAUAAUGAUAAAAUUGACACCUGAACGAGAAAAAGAAAUGGAGCUCAGGCUUUUCGAACAUGCAUCACAAUUAGAAGCAAUAUUGGAUAGGCUUUGUCAGACGUGUAUAACUAGUGGCAAAGAGAGAGGACUCAUUGAACGAUUACAUCAAGCCUCUUUUCGAUGUACAUGCUGGCUAUUGCGUCUACUUGUUACGAGAAAAAAUUAUGACAAUGAUCAUAUUUCAAUAUGGCAUGAGAUUAUUCUCAACAAAUCCAUUUCAAAAUACAAAAGAACCACAAUGCUGUGUCGGAAUUUUCAACAAAUGUGUCAGUUGCUCGAUACAUUGGAUACUAAAUCAACAAAAUUUUUUCUCAGUACACUAAUCACAGCUGUAUUGACCUAUCAUUUGGGAUGGGUCAACACUGUUAUAUCAUUGGAAGAAAAAAUAUGGCUAGAAAACAUGAAAACAAAGUAUCCCUGUAAUCCACUGUGGAUACAGUUGAGUGAUUUAUAUGGCACUCUGGGAAAUCCAUCGAAAAGAGUCCACACCAUUAUAACUGGUGAUGCAAAUAAAUUGCAUUUGAUCGAUGCAAUAUUAAAAUUUCUUUCCUAUUUCAUUCGCAGUGCCAUUGUCAAACGACAUAAUAUUUAUCGCAACACUUCAGAUGAAGAUGUACAAGAAGCUAUUGAUAUUGUUGAAAAAAGACAAAGUCAAAAACUUUCCUACAUUUCUCCUUUUUCUCUUUCAACGUCAACGUCGGCAGCGGUAUCGGCAUUGGCCACUGCGUCAUCUUCUUCGGCAUCGGUUUCAUCAUAUUUCUCUUCUCCUUCUCCUAACUCGACGGCUCCAUCGAUAGGUUGUUUGAAGAAAAAUAACCUAAUAACAGAGUCCAACGAGACAGUGACCAAGUCAUUUUCAAUGAAAAAAAAUGACCAUUUCAACAUUCCAAGAUUGAAGAAAACCACAAGUUUAAAUAAAAAUCUCAAUUUAGAGAGCUCAACUUGUAUAAAAUUGGAGGAUAAAGUUGCGUUGAAAUUGGAUUCAUAUCAAGAUGAUGUGGAUGGUUCAGAGAAGGAUGUGAUUAAUUCAAAUUUAAUUAAGAUAAUUGUAGGAGGUGAAAAAAAUACGGCAAAUACAUCAUUAUUGACGCAGGAUGAAUUUGAAAACAAGUUAGACUCAAAAACAAUGGAAUCAAUUUUGCUUCAAAAUGAUUGUGAUUCGAUCAAGGAAAUUUGUUCAAUCAAUGCUAAUGGUUCAGAUGUAACGGAAGUGUAUUUCUCCUCGCAGAUUGAAUAUGAAAGUGAUAAACAGAGCCAGGUUUUUUUCACUGUUGGUGGUGAUGAAAAACGUGUAAUUGAUGAAAAGUCGACGGUACAGACAAAUCAAAAUUGUAGUUGUCAAUGUUCAUUUGCAUUUACACGCGUACCAAGCACCUCCGCUCAAUUACCCGAAGGAGUUUUGCGCAAAAUUCUUCAACGAAAUUUUCCCGAGUCUUCGAAAAGUAUUCAACGACCUGGUACAUCUUUAAGUAAAGACAGAUCAUUCGGUAUUUCUUGCCCAAAGUGUAAUGGCUCAAGUGGGAAUGGAGGAAAUUUUGAAAGUAGCAAAUUACUUUUGGAAACGCCAACUAAUGCAACUGAAGUUUUACGAACUUGCGGCACAUCAACCAUUGGGAUACGAGGUGGGCGUAAUCGUCGAACUGAUUGUGCAACUGUAGAUCAACUUUUGGAGGCCAAUAAUUUCAUUGAAUUACCCAUGCCAAGUCCUCCAGUGAAUCAUCAUCGCCGCUCAAUAAUUUUGCUGAAAAAGGCCAUUUGCGUGGAUCAUGGUGGAAAUUGUAAAUGUUGCUGCUGUUGUGAUACUAAAUCGAAAUUAUUGAAAUAUGUUCAGCCAGAUGUGCCGAAAUCUUUUGCUCCGAUUCGUACCUACUGGAGGAGUCGUAAUCCAAUGGAAAGAUAUACAACGUAUGAAAGGUCAUAUUGGCGCAAAGAGCCAAUGUUUUCCAGAGUAAAACCUUUUAAACAUCAAGUUUCACUCACCGUUGGUGAUGGACCCAUAACCGACGAUACAACUCACAAAUUGAGUUAUUUGGGCAAUUGGUGCUUGGAUCAACCAAAAUCUCAUAUGGUACCGUGUGAUAAACAGUGGUUAGGGAGAGGACCAAUGCAAAAUGUCACGACAAACAAAUGCGAUUACACUUGGAAAUUGGUACCAAAACCAAAGGCUUUGAAGAAUCGAGAGAAUUUAUGUUGCCCAAAUGCAAAUCUUUCGAGUGACACGACUUAUAAAUUGAGUUAUUAUGAAUCUGGAUGUCGAAUUCCUAUUACUUCCUUCAAACCCAUUCGAAAAUACACGAAAGGGAUUAUACCGAUUGAUGAUUGUACGACCUAUAAACUUAGCUAUUGGCCAAAUGAAUCACCGAUUAAAAAUGACGAUUAUCCAUGGAAAAAGAAAGUUAAAUACAAUCCUCCCUUAACUGCAUUGGAUGAUUGUACUACUUAUCGUCUCAGUUAUUGGCCCAAUAAGCAAUCAAUGCGUAAACCAUUUACUGUGCGAGACUCUGAAAAUAUAUUGAAUGCCCAUUGUUGCUCUGAUGAUAAUACAACAUAUAAUUUGAGUUAUUUUGGAUGUGGAAGUGCCAGGCGGUUGCCAAUCAAACCGUCAUCAUCUACUCAAUUAUCUUCAUGCCCGUUAUCCCACGACACAAUUCACAGAUUGAGCUAUUUGGGAAAUUGGUCUGUAACACCUGAAAUCUCCCGGUUGCCGUGUUCAAAAACCUGGUCAGGCAGAGGGCCAAUGCAAGACUUGACAACUCAAAAAUAUGAUUUUACUUGGAAAAGCGCUAUUCCUGUUGUUGCUUUUUCUCCCAAGGAUAAUUUGAAACCUUCUCAUCAGCCACUCGGCGGUUGUACAAUUCAGAGAUUAUCCUAUUUUUCUAAUGAUUUGAAAAAUCUCACUCAAAUCAAGUCAUUUAAGCCUCUUCGAACAUAUCAACCAUUCGAUAUCCCAACGGAUAGUGAGACGACCAUGAGGCUAAGUUAUCAACCUGUCCAUCGAUCUUCAAUCCCUGCUCACAUUAUGAAAGCAUGUGCUACAAAAUCAUUAUACCAAAAGCCAAUGCGGCUACCUUCUAAUGACAAUACUACUUACAAUUUGAGUUAUCUAGCUCCCGGAAAAAUGGAACAACUGAUGGAGCAUGAUUGUAUUCUCCCGUGUAAACCGAUCGAUCCGAUGUAGACAUCAUAAUAAAGCUCCUAUUUGCAUUAUUUCUUCUUUGUCUUAUUCCUAAGUCCGCCUCUAUACUAUACAUUUUACUUUUACUACUUUUUCUCCGACAAUUGGUUAUUAAAUGGUUAAUGGUUUGUCUGAGAUGAAGAGAAAAGUUUCAUAGUACAGGUCAUUGAUACACCAACUUCUGAAUUUUAUGCAUCUGCAAUCGCGAAGGCCAUGUGAAAGUAACAGUGCCUUCCUCACUACUGCUUCUCGGAUGUUCUCACAUAUAUAUAUACAAUUUAUAUGAAAUCUUACGAAAUAGUGUAUCGUAUAUAUACCUAUAUACUCUUAAUACGAUAAACCACCGAGGCGUUCAAAAUUUUACACUUUUGUCAAAUGCUGUCAAGACGACAUGAACAUGCAUGAAAUAUGCAUCCACAUUUAAAAAUAUUGAGCAAUUAUAUCGAUUUUUAAUGUGCAAAAAAAAAAACAAGAAAAAACAAAAUGGAGAGAAAAAAAGAAAUAGAAAACUACCA